UCAUGUAUGAGACCAUGCCCCUAUUUAUAUUUCUGGAACUUUCAUGUAUGAGAGACAUUGAGACUAAGCUUAUGCGCUUAUCAUAUUUACGUUUGCCACUUUGCAGGGAAAUGGCAGCUGUGACAAUCUACAAGGAGAGAUGUAUCGCUGUGAACGACGGAGAUAGUUGGGCCAAGUACAUGGCCAUUUCCGGUUCUGCUGAGGAUGAGCAUGACGUAAACACCCUGCAGUACACAGAGGAGGGCUUACUGACCAUCGACGUGAAUGGGGAUGGCCACGCAGCUGCGUUUGGUGAUGAUAUUGCCAUCGAGUGCCUAGCCACCGAGUUCAAGAGAGAAGUUUUUGUGGGCCUUGCCUGCUUCUCAAGAUUGUGUUGUACCAUGAGUCGCCUUGCCUGCUUCUCAAGAUUGUGCUGUACCUGUGUACCAUGAGUCAUUUUUGCAUUGUUUUCCUAUAGUAUACUCCCUCUAAUCCAUAUUAAUUGUCAAAAUAUUACAUGUAUCUAGACGCUUGUUAGGCAUAGAUACAUCCAUAUUUAGGCAAAUUUGAGACAAUUAAUAUGGAUCGGAGGGAGUAUGUUAUUAGGGAUAGGUCUGACUGCUGUGAGAGUUGUAGAAUACCUAUUCAUUGUAGAUUGUUGGUGUUGGUGUAUGCCGUAUUUGUCGGCCGAAAAUUUCCUAUUACCUCAUGUGAGGUUUUUUUCCUCUCCCAAAUUUUUCGGA